AUGGCGAGCUACGGAGGAUACGACGGCUACGGCGGCGGCAACCGCAGUAGCUCGGGCUCACUAAAGCAGUCGGAAAGGUCGAGAUGGACGCCCCUCACGCGGAUGUUGCUAUCGGGUGAGAUGACGCAGGAGAAACAAAAAGAGUUGACGCCACGAGAAAAGUUCGACCGAUGGAUGGUGAACGAAGGCUACCGUCGAAUUUUUGUCUUUGUAUUCAUGAUACUCCAUGCGACCGUGUUCGCCUUCAGUUUUGUCCACUACGCGCUCAAGGACAGUCUGCAGAUUGCGCGCGACACUUUCGGGCCGACAUUCAUGAUCGCGCGUGCCGCGGCGCUCGUUCUCCACGUUGAUGUCGCGCUGAUCCUGUUCCCAGUCUGCCGCACCCUCAUCUCGCUGGCGAGGCAGACACCGCUCAACGGCAUCAUCCAGUUCGACAAGAACAUCACAUUUCACAUUACCACAGCGUGGUCCAUCUUCUUUUUCUCCUGGGUACACACGAUUGCCCAUUGGAACAACUUUGCCCAGAUCGCAGCGAAGAACAACCUGGGGUUUUAUGGGUUCCUGUUGGCCAACCUCGCGUCCGGGCCGGGCUGGACGGGUUAUGUUAUGCUCAUUGCCUUGACGGGCAUGGUCAUCACCUCGGUUGAGAAGACGCGGCGCGCCAAUUACGAGCGGUUCUGGUAUACGCACCACAUGUUCAUCGUUUUCUUUUUCUUCUGGUCGAUCCACGGCGCCUUCUGCAUGAUCCAGUCCGAUUUUGCGCCCUUUUGCAGCUCGAUCGGCACCUCGGCCAUCGGCGUCUUCUGGCAGUACUGGAUGUACGGUGGCUUCGCCUAUCUUGCCGAGCGUAUUGCCCGCGAGAUCCGCGGCAGGCACAAGACGUACAUCUCCAAGGUCAUCCAGCACCCGAGCAACGUUUGCGAAAUCCAGAUCAAGAAGGAGCACACCAAGACAAGAGCUGGCCAGUACAUCUUCUUCUGCUGCCCCGCGGUGUCAUUGUGGCAAUACCACCCCUUCACCUUGACCAGCGCCCCGGAGGAAGACUACAUCUCAAUCCACAUGCGUGUCGUGGGCGAUUUCACCAGAUCGGUUGCCGAGACACUCGGCUGCGAAUUUGACAAGAAGAAGGGCGAGUCCUCCAAGGUGGUGGGCGUCAACCAGGACAACGACGAAGUGGAUCCCGCGCUCCGGCGGGUGCUGCCGCGUGUCUAUAUCGACGGACCGUUUGGCUCAGCGUCCGAGGACGUCUUCAAGUACGAGGUCUCGGUUCUGUGCGGUGCCGGUAUCGGUGUGACGCCGUUCGCGUCCAUUCUCAAAUCGAUCUGGUACCGGAUGAACUACCCGCAGAAAAAGACGCGGCUCAGCAAGGUGUACUUCUUCUGGAUCUGCAGAGACUUUGGGUCGUUCGAGUGGUUCCGCUCCCUGCUCCUCGCCAUUGAGGCGCAGGACGUGGACAACCGCAUUGAAAUCCAUACCUACCUGACGGCCAAGAUCAAGGUUGACGAUGCGACGAACAUCAUGAUCAACGACGCCAACGCGGACAAGGAUACCAUCACCGGCUUGCGGUCGCCGACCAACUUUGGUCGUCCCAAUUGGGAUAUGAUUUUCCGGGGUAUCAGGAAACUACACACCCCUUCUGAGGCUGGUGUGUUCUUCUGCGGUCCCAAGGGGUUGGGCAGUACAUUACAUAUUUUCUGCAACAAGUACAGCGAGCCUGGGUUCAACUUUGUCUGGGGCAAGGAGAACUUCUAG